CUUCUUCUUGUUGAGAAAGAAAGAAUUUACUACCAAGACAUGGUGAAGAAAUCAAAAGAAGUCUGUCAAGAAUUAGAUUUGAAGCUACAACAUUCACCCCCGUCAUGCCAGCAACCAGGACCAAUGUAUUUCUUGACGCCGAGGAAGUGUGGGUUGUUCGGAGUAUGUUGUGAGGGGAUACCCCAGCAGGUGAAUUAUCUUGUGGAUGAAAGUUUGGCUUCCAGCAAGGGAUCUAACAGUGUUAUAAACUACCUCCACCACUUUUUUGACAACUUUGGACUUGGUGAAAAAGAAGCAGGGCUACACUGUGAUAACUGCUCUGGACAGAACAAAAAUAGAUUUGUUCUCUGGUACAUGGCAUGGAGGACCAUUUCAUUGUUGUAA